UAUCUCGGCAUUCUUCCAGUUCUUGUUUUUGGUUUGUGUACCUACCAUAGAAAAAUACACAAACAAAUACUAAAUUUAUACCCGUUUUACAUACGAAUUGUUUGUUUUUAUUGGUUUUGGUUUUACAUGAUGAAUACUUCAGUUUUGGUUUGUUGUGCGUUUGUUUCGAGUUUAUGCCAUUGUUUUUAAUGAGUAGCAACUAGAUUUUGGAUAAAUAUGUGACUGUGAUACAAAAAAAACAAAUAAAUUUGUUCAAAUGACGAAGCGAGUGCUAUGGAUUCAACUGUUUAUAUUUGUAUACUUCAUGCACCUUUCUUAUCAAGGCUAUGUAAACCAAAGUGGCCCUAUGCUUUUGUACUCGGCGAUGGUAGAUAUAAGAAUGACAAACACCACAAAAGGCUCAAAUAACAAAAUCAAAACUACUGUAAUAGUAAAAAACUACUCUCAAUACAUAAGUGCCAUAGAUUUUCAUUUUGAGCAGAAAAAAGUCUGUUUUGCUGACCAUGGUAUAGAAAGCAUAGUAUGUACUACAUACACUGGAAAUGACAAUGAAAACAAGACUUAUACCAAAAUUAUAUCUGAUGUUCCCUCACCAGACGGCUUAGCCUGUGAUUGGUAUACAAACAAACUCUAUUGGACUGAUAGUAUAUAUAACAGAAUAGAGGUGGCAACUAUGGAGGGGAAAGACCGUAGAGUGUUGUUUUGGACAGACUUGGAUCAACCCCGUGCCAUAGCUGUUGCCCCCUUGAGCGGACUAAUGUUUUGGACGGAUUGGGGUGAAACCCCAAAAAUUGAGCGUGCUGGGAUGAAUGGAGAUCCCAAAACCAGAAAGGCCAUAGUAAGUGAGAAGAUUUUCUGGCCGAAUGGGUUGACUGUUGACUAUAAAUUGGAGAUGAUUUAUUGGGUGGAUGGAAAGUUGUUGUUUAUCAAGCAGAUGGAUUAUGAUGGGAAGCAGAUGUCAACAAUUUUGAGUUCUGGGAUGGAUUAUCCAUUUGCUAUUACUCAUAUUGGGUCUAAGUUGUAUUGGACUGACUGGAAGACUAGGGCCAUCCAUUACUUCGACAAAAACUCGGACCAAAAACCAACUGAACUGCUUUUCGUGCAAGAAAGCCACGUGUUGAUGGACGUGCACGUGUGGAGCAAGGAGCGCCAGCCCAAGAACACGCCAAAUCCCUGCGAGAAAAACAACGGCGGCUGCUCUCACCUCUGCCUACUAUCGCCCAUCGAACCUAGAUACAGCUGUAGCUGCGGAAUCGGCAUCAAAUUAAUCGACAAGUUCAAUUGCGCCGAUUCUCCGCAAGAGCUGCUGCUAUUGGCCAGAAGACAAGACAUCUACCUGGUACACCUGGACUCCCCGGAUUACACGCACAAAGUUCUGCCGCUCACCAACGUAACCUACGCGAUCGCGGUGGACUACGACCCUGUCGAUAACUUUCUCUACUGGACGGACGACGACGUAAAAAAAAUCCAGAGGGCGCGCUUAAACGGAAGUGAGGAACAGGAAGUGGUUUCCACGGAAAUCACAAACCCUGAUGGACUCGCCAUCGAUUGGCUAUCGCGGAAUUUAUAUUGGACUGACGCCGGCACAGACCGCAUAGAGGUCGUGCGCAUUAACAAAAAUUUCCGCAGAGUUAUUAUUAGCGACGGUUUGGUGGAUCCCAGGGGAAUUGCAGUGGCGCCGGAGUUGGGUUGGCUGUUCUGGAGCGACUGGAACGAGAAAGAACCGAAAGUUGAACGCAGCAAUACGGACGGUUCUGAAAGAAUCGCCAUAGUUUCGAAGGAGUUAGGUUGGCCUAAUGGUAUUACGUUAGAUUUGGUCAAGAGGAAAAUUUAUUGGUGCGACGCCAAGGCCGACAAGAUUGAAUACGCGAAUAUGGACGGUUCUGAAAGAAAAGUGUUAACGGAUGAUAAUGUACCCCAUGUGUUUGGGUUCAGUCUUAUGGGGGAUUAUAUUUAUUGGACUGAUUGGCAGCGGAGGUCCAUCGAAAGAGCCCAUAAAGAGUCAGCCACUGACAGGGAACAAAUUUUGGACCAAACAGAAAACGUAAUGGGCUUAAAAGCCUUUAAAUUAGGACCUGUAGAAGGCUGGAACUCUUGUAAAGAAAACAACGGCGGUUGUUCGCAAUUUUGUUUUUUCCGACACAACAAAACUCGCGUUUGCUUGUGUCAAAUCGACUACGAACUUACCGACGAUAAAGCAAACUGCGUGAAGCCCAAUUCUUUUUUAUUGUACACGAAAAAAGAUAGCAUAGGUAGGAUUGGUAUUGAGAAUGAGGAGAAUAAUGUUACUAUACCCAUACAGGGCAUAAAACAAGCUAGUGCCAUAGACUUUUACAUUAACACAAACAGCAUCUACUGGAGCGACAGUAAGCUAAAAACGAUAAUGCGCGCGUUCAUAAACGGAUCCGACCCGCAAAAAGUAAUAGAUUUGGGUUUAGCCUCGCCAGAGGGCAUUGCAGUGGACUGGCUGGGCUUAAAUAUCUACUGGACGGACCCUGUCGCCCAGAGAAUAGAGGUUUCGCGAUUGACAGGGUCCAGCAGGAGAACUCUACUUUGGGGGGUUUAUAAUCCGCACAGCAUUGUGUUGGACCCCGUAGCAGGUUUUAUGUACUGGUCGGAGUGGGACCCCUCAAACUCCAUCAGAAGAGCGUGGAUGGACGGCAGAAAUAACAAAAAACUUACCGACACGAAACAAGCCACUGGGUUGAGUUUGGAUAAUGAGGGUAAAAGACUGUACUGGGUUAACAUAGACAAGCCCGCCAUAAUCUCUUGCGACUUGGAUGGAAACGACAAGCAGGUUAUCAAAAAUGAUAACUUUAGACCUAUAGGUUUGGCAUUGUACAAGGAUCAUUUGUAUUGGAGUGACGAAAAAACCGGCGAUAUCAUAAGAGCGAACAAAAAAGACGGUUCAAACAUGCUAAAAAUCCACUCAUUCCCCGAUAGUAGUGCAACGGAUUUGCUAGUGUAUCACAGUACAAAACAGCACCAAUUCAACCAGUGUACGGUUGGUAACGGGGGCUGUACACAUCUUUGCUUAGCUCUGCCAUCAUUCGAGGAAAAAACCACGUUAACCUGCGCAUGCCCGACGCACUACACUUUAGUGAACAAAACUGAAUGUAUACCUCCUAGCAAUUUCAUGAUAUACAGUCAAAGAAACUUGGCGGUAAGACUUGUACCUGACACCAAGGAAUGUCCAGAGGCGGUGUUGCCAAUGCAAGGGCUUAAAGCAGUGAAAGCCAUCGAUUUUGAUCCUAAAGACAACUAUUUAUACUGGAUUGAAGGCAAAUCCCACUCGAUAAAACGCCUCGAAGCCAGCGGCAACUCAGCAAACGAUAUUACCAUGGUCGUUUCCGGUAACGAGGGUGUGGUGCCUUUCGAUUUAGCAGUGGAUACAAUUGGGCGUUUAUUAUUUUGGACUUGUUCAGCUGAAAACAUCAUAAACAUCACGCGUUUGGAUAACACCAUUUCUUUUGGACAUUUGGAGAGCAAGGAAGAUGAAAAACCCCGACUAAUCGCCAUACAUGUCACAAAAAGGCUACUUUUUUACACCGACAUAGGCGCCACACCUCAGUUAGUUCGAACAAGAUUGGAUGGUUCUCAUAAAUUAACCAUAGCUAAAGCAAAUGAUAUAGUUGCUAUAGCAGUUGAUGUAGAAAAUGAAUUAAUCGUAUGGGCAAGAAGUCAGACCAUUUAUAUGGCCAACAUUGAAGGAGGAAAUAUGCAUGUAAUAGUGAAUCAAAGCAGAUCAAAAAUCAAACAAUUAACCGUAUAUUCUUCGUUUUUGUAUUGGGUCGACGAUUCCCAGGAAUUACAGAGACUAGAAUUAAUUUCGGAAAAAUCCUCGACCCCGUUACAAAUCCAAGUGCCGCACAUAACAGGUUUAAUAUCUGUACGUAACCCCGAAAAAAAUCACAGUUGUUUUAUGGCGCAUCAAAAGAAAUGCUCCCAUUUCUGCAUAAUGGACGGAAAAAACCCUGUCUGCGCGUGCCCGAAUGGCAAAAAGCUGCAAGACGACAAACGCACGUGCGUAGUUUUACCGAACUGCGGUAAAGAUCGGUUUACGUGCACCAGCCAGUACGGCGACCCUAAGGAGUGCAUACCCUUAUCGUGGCGAUGCGAUAAACAAGAAGAUUGCAGAGAUGGUUCAGACGAGUUGGAUUGUCCGCCAUGUAAGGCGAAUCAGUUCAGAUGUCAAGAUGGUUUGUGCAUCGAAAAUAAACAGCUUUGCGAUGGGUAUCACCAUUGCGUGGACAAAUCAGACGAGAUGAAUUGCUGCAAAGGAUUUAAGUGUCCUCAUACUGAGGUUUGUCUGGAAAAAGCUCUGGUUUGCGAUGGAAUGGACCACUGUGCCGAUGGUGCAGACGAAAAUCCUGCUUUGUGCAUCAAAACUUCGAAAACCAACACAGUUUGGUUUUUGGUUUUCGUCGGGAUCGUUUUCUUUUUCGUUCUCACCUCCGUUAUCAUGUACUUUCAAAGAAAAAACAAGACGCACGAGGAACAUCCCGACCAAUCCGAAGACUCGCUGAGUCCGAUGCAUCCCGGAUCUCAGAGCAAAAUACAGAAGUUUAGAAAAGGAAUUCCAGACGUGGUGCGCAUGUCGAUGCUGAACGGCGGUAGCCAAUCGUCGACAUACGACCGACGCCACGUGACGGGCGCGUCUAGCAGCUCCAACACCAACAACUCCAGCGUGGCUUGCUACCCGCGCGAAACCCUAAACCCGCCGCCGAGCCCCGCCACAACUGCCGCCUCCACGCGCGGCAGCUCGCCCUCGUCGCGCUACCGCCCCUACAAGCACUACAGAUCGAUCAAUCAGCCGCCGCCCCCCACUCCCGUCUCCACGGAUAUCUGCGACGAAAGCGAUUACAAUUACCCCACCAGGGGGCGGUACGAUGGCGCGCCGUUCCCGCCGCCACCGACGCCCUCUAGGAGUCACUGUCAGAACGAGAGUUGCCCGCCUUCGCCGUGUUCGAGGUCGUCCACGUAUUUCAGCCCUUUACCGCCGCCCCCGUCGCCGGUGGCGUCGCCUAGGGGCGGCUACGAUUCUUAGGAGGAAAGUUAAGGGGGCUAUGAUAAACAUCACAAAAUAAGAAAAUAUUUUCCAAGGUAAGUACAG